AUGCCGGCUAAUACUCUAGGUAGAAAUAUUUUCAUUAUUAUUCUUACCUGCGAGGCUGUUUUGACACGGCAAUAUGAUCCAGGGAAUGAUGUCAUAGUCACCAUUGAAAAGGAGCCACUAAGCCAUGUAGGUUCGGAGAUUGUCUGUAUUGAUUCAGUAGAAACCACAAGUUUGCUGAACAGUGCAAACCAGACAAAUAUGGGCGAACAAAGAGUUGCUGGAGUGCGUGAAUCCCUGCAAUGGGAAAUUUUAAAAAGCAUUGUAUAUGGCGGUUUAAUAGAAUCAAUUACAAGUCUAGGCGUAGUGUCUUCUUCUGCUGGUGCUGGUGCUGCAACUUCGAACAUUAUAGCUAUUGGAUUGGCAAAUUUGAUUGGAGGGCUUUUCAUAAUUGGUCAUAAUCUUAUGGAUCUGAAAAAUCUUGGUUCCAAUGAAGUGAAUGAGCAGGAGGAUCGCUACCAAAAAACACUAGGAAGACGGGACAACUUUUCACUGCACGCAACAGUAUCUGUUUUGUCGUUCCUUAUUUUUGGGCUACUGCCUCCUGUGAUAUAUGGAUUCUCGUUUCGGAAGAGUGACGAUAGAGAUCUCAAGCUUGCAGCAGUUGGUGGGGCCUCUCUUAUAUGCAUCAUAUUGCUUGCUAUAGGGAAGGCCCAUGUUCAGAGCAAGCCAUACUUCAGCACUGUAUUCUACUUUUUUAGCACUGGCGUCAUAGCCUCGGGUGCUUCUUAUAUAGCCGGUGACCUCAUCAGUAAGCUAUUGCAGAAAAUAAGUGGGUUUGAGUCAAGCUUGUCUUUCCCAGAUCUGAAACCAACUGAGCCAGCGGCAUGGGCAAUUUAUCGAAGUGUUGAAAUCUGA